AUGCGAUUUUCAAGUGUGAUCACUUCUUUGAGUAUUUACUGGAUUUAUGGCCUCGUUGACGCCAAUCCGCAUAGACUCCCGUCGAUUCACUCGACACCGCAUCUCCAAAAACUCUCCCCACCUCUUUCCUACGGUGAAGCGCUCGUGAUCGACUUUUUACCCGGAGCUAAUGUGAAAAUCAAAUAUUUGUACACUCUUUUCCUCCAUGAAGAGCCGCCAAUCGACUGUGGGAUGGGAGAAUUCUAUUUACAGGGAAACAUGACUCAAUUGAAUGAACUGGUUCUUCGACAAGGUGAUGGAUUUAUUCAUGAAAUAACGCCAGGAAAACGGAAUUCCAUCGAGAAAUCGAAUUGUGGCGAUGUUGAGGGGAAAAUUGUCGGUUUUGAGCUGAGAACGCAGCCGGAUUUGCGAUUUCGAAUGCGUUUGAGUAGAAAACUUUUCAAAAAGUUGUACAAAGUUGAUCGAGAAGGCGCGUCGCUGAAAUUCAAUUUCUUUUCCAAUCUUCUAAAGGAAUGGCUUUUCGAGAUUAGUUUUGAACAAAAUAUGAUUACAACGAUUCUCCGAUCACCGAAAACCGAGAAUCGUUUUUAUCCACGACAAGAGCGUUUGUGGAGUUCACCGUGGAAAACAAGAAUUGGUGGGCCGUACAUUCGACUGUUGAUCGCUCGAGUGAACAAUCGACUCAUUAUAACUUUAAAUGAUCAAUGUUUUGGUGUAUUUGAGUUGAAAACAAGACACUAUGAUGUCAGUGAUUUAGCUUUCAAUCGGAUAAAAAUCACCGACAACUCCACAGAAUGGCCAGAGCCCUGGGAAAGUCAUAUUUUGAGUCACGAGACAGCGAGAUUGCCGGUGAACGAUUUGCUUCAGUACAAUUCAUGUUGGGAUCGAAGUGAGUCGAUCGAUUGGGAAAACUAU